AUGGAUCUAUCUAUCUAUCUAUCUAUCUAUCUAUCUAUCUAUCUAUCUAUUUCAAUCAUUUUCUUUCUUUCUUUUUUCUUUCUUUCUCAUUCUGUUUCUUCCUAUCUAUCUAUCUAUCUAUCUAUCUAUCUAUCUAUCUAUCUAUCUAUCUAUGACAGUCUGUUAAUUAUCUAUCUAUCUAUCUAUCUAUCUAUCUAUCUAUCUAUCUAUCUAUCUAUGAUAGUCUUCUGUUAUCUAUCUAUCUAUCUAUCUAUCUAUCUAUCUAUCUAUCUAUCUAUCUAUCUAUUUCAAUCUUUUUCUUUCUUUCUUUUUUCUUUCUUUCUCAUUCUGUUUCUUCCUAUCUAUCUAUCUAUCUAUCUAUCUAUCUAUCUAUCUAUGAUAGUCUGUUAUCUAUCUAUCUAUCGCCAAUUUUCUUUUUUUUUCUUUUUAUUAUCUUCUACCUUUUGUUUACGUCUUCUUUCUUUGAAGUUUGUUUCUUUCCUUCUUUUCUACUUUGUUCUCUCUGUCUCUCAUUUCUUAUCUCUCUUCCGAUAUUUUCUUUCUUUCUUCGUUUCUUUCUUUCUAAUAUGCUUGUUUGAUAUCUUGUUUCUCUCCGUCUCAUUUUUUUAUCCUUGUUCCGAUUUUACCUUUCUUUCUUUCUCGCUCUCACUUACUAUCUUUCGUUCUUUCUUUCUUUCUUUCUUUCUUUCUCGCUCUCACUUCCCAUCUUUCGUUCUUUCUUUCUUUCUUUCUUUCUUUCUUUCUUUCUUUCUCGCUCUCACUUCCCAUCUUUCGUUCUCUCUUUCUUUCUUUCUAGCUCUCACUUCUUAUCUUUCGUUGUUUCUUUCUUUCUUUUUCUCCUUCUUUCUUUCUUUCUUUCUUUCUUUCUUUCUUUCUUUCUUUCUUUCUUUCUUUCUCGCUCUCACUUCCUAUCUCUCUCUCUCACUCUUUCUUUCUUUCUUUCUUUCUUUCUUUCUUUCUUUCUUUCUUUCUUUCUUUCUUUCUCGCUCUCAAUUCUUAUCUUUCUUUCUUUCUGUCUUUCUUUCUCGCUCUCACUUACUAUCUUUCCUUCUCUCUCUCUCUUUCUUUCUUUCUUUCUUUUUCUUUCUUUUCUUCUUUUUUCUCGCUCUCACUUCCCAUCUUUCGUUCUCUCUUUCUUUCUUUUCUAGCUCUCACUUCUUAUCUUUCGUUGUUUCUUUCUUUCUUUUUCUCCUUCUUUCUUUCUUUCUUUCUUUCUUUCUUUCUUUCUUUCUUUCUUUCUUUCUUUCUUUCUUUCUUUCUGUCUUUCUUUCUCGCUCUCACUUCCUAUCUUUCCUUCUCUCUCUCUCACUCUUUCUUUCUUUCUUUCUUUUUUCUUUCUUUUCUCUCGCUCUCAAUUCUUAUCUUUCUUUCUUUCUGUCUUUCUUUCUCGCUCUCACUUCCUAUCUUUCCUUCUCUCUCUCUCACUCCUUCUUUCUUUCUUUCUUUCUUUACUCGCUCUCAAUUCUUAUCUUUCUUUCUUUCUGUCUUUCUUUCUUUCUCGCUCUCACUUCCUAUCUUUCCUUCUCUCUUUCUUUCUUUCUUUCUUUCUUUCUUUCUUUCUUUCUUUCUCGCUCUCAAUUCUUAUCUUUCUUUCUUUCUGUCUUUCUUUCUCGCUCUCACUUCCCUAUCUUUCCUUCUCUCUCUCUCUUUUCUUUCUUUCUUUCUUUCUCGCUCUCAAUUCUUAUCUUUCUUUCUUUCUGUCUUUCUUUCUCGCUCUCUUCCUAUCUUUCCUUCUUUCUCUCUCCUUUUCUUUCUUUCUUUCUUUCUUUCUUUCUUUUUUUCUUUCUUUCUUUCUUUCUUUCUCGCUCUCAAUUCUUAUCUUUCUUUCUUUCUGUCUUUCUUUCUCGCUCUCACUUCCUAUCUUUCCUUCUCUCUCUCUCACUCUUUCUUUCUUUCUUUCUUUCUUUCUUUCUUUCUUUCUUUCUUUCUUUCUCGCUCUCAAUUCUUAUCUUUCUUUCUUUCUGUCUUUCUUUCUCGCUCUCACUUCCUAUCUUUCCUUCUCUCUCUCUCACUCUUUCUUUCUUUCUUUCUUUCUUUCUUUCUUUCUUUCUCGCUCUCAAUUCUUAUCUUUCUUUCUUUCUGUCUUUCUUUCUCGCUCUCACUUCCUAUCUUUCGUUUCGUCUUUCUUCCUUUCUCGCUCUCCUUUCUUUCUUUCUUUCUUUUUUCUUUCUCUCUUACUUUCUCACUCUCACUUCCUAUCUUUCUUUCUUUCUUUCUUUCUUUCUUUCUUUCUUUCUUUCUCGCUCUCACUUCCUAUCUUUCGUUCCCUCUUUCUCUCUUUCUCGCUCUCCUUUCUUUCUCUCACUUCUUAUCUUUCUUUCUUUCUUUCUUUCUUUCUUUCUUACUUUCUUUCUUUCUUUCUUUCUUUCUCGCUCUCACUUUCUAUCUUUCGUGCUUUCUUUCUUUCUUUCCUUCUCUCUUUCUUUCUUUCUUUCUUUCUUUCUUUCUUUCUUUCUCGCUCUCACUUCUUACCUUUCUUUCUUUCUCCUUUUUACCUAUUUCUCAGUUAUUUUUCGUUUCUUUGUUUGUUUGUUUCUUAUUCUUUUAAGUCCCAUCCUCCAUGACCAGAUUCGUCUUCAUCCUGGCUGCCUUGGCAAGAAACCAAAAGAAACAUAA